AUGCCUCCCUCAAAGAAGAGAAAGACCAAUACCGGUACCGCCGCCGAGGAGGAAACCAACACUGUAGCGCCAGCAAACUCUGCCGCGCCUGAAGAGACCGAAGCGACAGAACCCGGCACGACCGCGAAAACCGCACCCGUGACAGCAGAGCCGACAGCAACAUCGCAGCCCGCAACAGAAGACGCUGCGACAAAAUCACAGGACCGCAUGGCGCGCUUCAAGGCCCUCAAAGCCCGCGCCAAGAACUCAUCCGACCAAAAUCUGAAAGAGGCGACGCUCGAAUCACAACGUCUCGCGACAGACCCCAGCCAGCUGACGGCCAUUCACCGCAAACAGGCCAUCGCGUCUCAGAAGCUACUCAAGGCCGACAUCGAGGAUGCAGGUGGUGACUUUGAGCGGAAGCGCGCAUGGGACUGGACGAUCGACGAGAGCGAGAAGUGGGACAAGCACGUGCGGAAGAAGGAGGCGCACCGCGACAACAAUGCUUUCCAAGACUACACUGCCGAAAGCAACAAGGUUUACAAGCGCCAGUUGAGGAAUAUCGCCCCCGACAUGGAGAAGUACGAAAAAGACAAAAUGGCUGCCAUCGAGCGCGCCGCUGCUUCGGGUGGCCUCGACAUUGUCGAGACCGAGGACGGAGAGCUUAUCGCGGUGGACAAGGACGGUUCCUUUUACUCGACAGCCGACUCAACCACAUUUGCACAGAACAAGCCGGACAAGGCCGCCGUGGAUCGACUUGUCGAGGACCUCAGGAGGGCGGAGGCGAACAGACUCAAGAAGAGAAAGGACCGCAUGGCACAGAACGGCGACGAUGGCGACGUGACAUAUAUCAACGAGAAGAACAAGCAGUUCAACCAGAAGCUGGCGCGCUUCUACAACAAAUACACUGCAGAGAUUAGGGACAGUUUCGAGCGGGGAACCAUGAUUUAA